UGAUAGAGAGAAGUAAGUAGGGAACGAAUUGUUUUCAGUAGGCAUUCCUUCACCUACAGUCUGAUAUGGCGUAUACUCGAGAUGUAAGGUGGUCAGUUAGUUGAAGAAUGGUAGACGAGAUUUCAUCAUCAUCAUCAUCAACCAGUUGAUUGAUCAAUGCUAAUGCAUGCCAUGCACUUUUCACUAUUCUUUAUUGAUUCCAGCUAUCUACAAGUAGAAUGGGAUAAGAGGAGAUCAGAAGAAGACGGUGUCCUCCGAUUCAGUAGAGAUACUCUUCCCAUGUAUACUCCACUUGUGCCUAUUCAUAGUAGCCUUGUGGAAUGUGGAGUUUUUAUGCUUCACUAUGUGGAAUGUUUUUUCCAGAAACCAAUCGAAAGAUAUACCUAUAAUUAUUUAAAUUCGAAGCUGACAAAUUGGUUCCCAAUAUCAGACAUUCCAGAAAAACGACUGCUUAUCCGCAGUCUGAUCUAUGCGUUCGAGGUGCAGUCAUAGUUUUCAGUAAAUAUCUUAUCAUCAUUCUAAUUCAUAAGAGCUGAUUCACCUGAACUUCCCUUAUCUGGCUGGCCUUCGUAUUCUACCAGAUUCUUUUACAAAUUUAUGUGAAUUAGCUAAAAUAACCGGCGGUGAGCCUCACACAAUGAGCGGUCUGUCACCUUAUCUGAUCCCUUCAAAUUCUGUGAAUUGUGUGAGAAAUGCAGUUGUGUCACGAAUGCGCCGUCAUAGCGGUGUCGAUCGUAACAUUCGAAGAUUAUCAUAUAAUUCUUGGUCUCUGUCAGUACAAACAUCGUAAACGCAGAUGUACAUUUUGUCGGUCAAUUAUUCGUAAUGUGGAUGGUUUGGUUGUUGAACUCGGUGAUUGUGUACAGCUCCGUUCCGAUCGUGAUGAGUUAUAUCUUGGAAAAGUCAGGGAGAUUCGUUGUAACGGUGAAAAACACUCACCGACUGUGGUGACUGCAUGGUAUUAUGAACCACGUGAAGCUGGAGUAGAUGGUCAAUUAAUUCAGCAUGUUAAAGGUGCCGUAUUCGCCACUGAACAUGAAGAUGAAAACGGAGCAGAAUGCAUUAUACGUCUUGUGAAAAUGGCUAAGUCAUACGGUGAAUUUCUGCAAACAUGUGGUAGGAAGUUAGAGGAAGAUAAAUUCCUUUCCAUUGAUAAAGUACCUUCAACAUCCAUAGGAGAACAUUUAGGAUAUAUACAAUCCAGUCGAUCUGUUGACAUGGAUGAGAUAAGUCUACCGGGUGACGGUGAUUACGGUUAUGACGGUGAUCCCACAGACGUCUUCGAUUACUUCAUUGCUGGAAAAUAUGAUCCAGUAGAGCGAAAAGUGACUUCCUGGGAUCUCCUAUUGGCAAGCGAGUUGAAUCUUAAACUAUACAAAAAGCGAUCAAACUCAUAUCACAAUGCCUGAAAAUGACUAUCACUAUCACUGUUAUAAUAAUAAUUAUUAUUAUUAUUAUUAUUAUAAACAGUUAGUUUAUGUUGCAUUUCUGUUCCUUUUUGUAUUUUUGUUUAUAUAUUUCUCUGUUUUUCUUUGUGUUAGUAAGAUGGUGAAUUGACUUUGCGCAGAUUUUGCGAGCAUUUUUGUGUAUUUCAUUUUGCCUCUAUUCACUCACUGCUAACUGACUGACCAGAGUUGUCCAAUCACCACCAACACCACAACCACAACCACCAUCACCGCUUGACUAACCCAUUCAUGAUCUCAUGAUGUUAUGAUGACGUGUUUGGUUCGGUCCAGUGUCAUGUCGUGUCGUGUUGUGUAAUGUGAUGUGAUGUGAUGUUGUGGUGUUACGUGGAUUGAUGUGAUCUGAACACUAUUUUUGUACUCCAGAUCAGAUAUUGCCAAUAAUGUUCUUAUUACUGUUAUUGUUGCCAUGAAUAAGAAUUUCGAAUCCCUUGUGUAAAUUUUGAAAGCAUUUUAUUUCUGACUGUCGAAACAUCUCAGCAUUGUACUACUGUGACAGGAAUAAAUAAGAAAAAUAUGUCAAGAAAGCACUUGGAGAAGAACGACAAGAAGACUUUUGAACAUGAAAAUGACUUUACUUUUCUUUACUUUUCUCAAAGAUGGGGUGGGUGGGGA